AUCUACCUGAUCAUUUUCUUUUUUCUUUUCUUCGUUAGUUAUGAGGCUAAAAAUUUUGGGAACAUAAAGUGUAAAUUGCAAUUCUGAACGGCAGGAGAACUUUAUUUUGAAAGGCUGCAUCCUCUCUGGUUUUGUGGUCAGGCUGUAAAAAGGAAGAGGUGGGGUCUCAAGUAGACUUAAUUCAGCUGUCACAGCUGUGUGGACUGAAGCAGUCGAAAACUUGGGUUAUUUUAUUUUUAUUUUUUUCCAAUUUUGGUAUUAUUGAUUCUUUGUUGGUUUGGGAUUAACAACAGAAUGACAAAUGGUUUCCUCAGAUUUCACAGCAGAUGAGAGGAUGGAGAUUGAGAGCAUCAAAAUGUAUAAGAAGGACCUUCUGGAUGAUAUCCAGAAACUAAAGUCAGAGAUAGAUGACGUCAUGGCACAAAUCCUCAGCUUUGAGUCUGCAGAAGAAAACAAAGAUCUGGAGAGAAACAAACAGUUCUCAAAUGGAAAGAAAAAAUUCAACAUGGACCCUAAAAAGGGGAUCAGUUACUUAGUGGAGAACAAGCUACUGGAUGGAAGCGCCCAAUCCAUUGCAGAGUUUCUCUACAAAGGGGAGGGGCUUAACAAGACAGCCAUUGGAGAAUUCCUUGGAGAGAGGGAAGAGCUCCAUCUCCAGACGCUGAAGAUGUUUGUGGAAUUGCACAAGUUCUCAGAUCUCAACUUGGUCCAGGCACUCAGGCAGUUCCUGUGGAGUUUUCGUCUGCCCGGUGAAGCUCAGAAGAUUGACCGAAUGAUGGAAGCCUUUGCCACACGCUACUGCGAAUGCAACACUGACGUCUUUCAGUCAACCGAUACGUGCUACAUCUUGUCAUUUGCAAUCAUCAUGUUGAACACCAGCCUCCACAACCCCAACGUGAAGGACAAAACCACUCUGGAGCGUUUCAUAUCCAUGAACAGGGGCAUCAACAAUGGAGAGGAUCUUCCUGAUGAUUUGCUUUCAAAACUUUAUGCAAGCAUACGUGAUGAACCGUUCAAAAUACCAGAGGACGACGGGAAUGAUCUGACUCACACCUUUUUCAAUCCCGACAGAGAAGGCUGGCUCCUCAAACUAGGAGGUCGGGUCAAGACAUGGAAGAGGCGAUGGUUCAUUCUGACUGACAACUGCCUGUAUUACUUUGAGUUUACCACUGACAAAGAGCCCAGAGGCAUCAUCCCUCUGGAAAAUCUUUGUGUGCGUGAAUUGCCAUACAGUCGCAAACCAUACUGUCUAGAGCUCUACAACCCCAACAGUCGGGGGCAGAAGAUCAAAGCUUGUAAAACAGAGACGGAUGGCAGAGUAGUGGAAGGAAAACAUCAGUCAUACACCAUCUGUGCCUCCAGCGCUGAAGAAAGAGACUCUUGGAUUGAGGCUAUCAGGGCAAGUAUCACCAAGGAUCCCUUCUAUGACUUGGUCUCAGUCCGGAAGAAGAAAGUGAUAAACCAGUCUCCACAAGACUGAUGGGGGCAGCGCUCCACCUUCUAUGUUACUAUUUGACUGCAGCGUCGUGAGAAUGUUGGCAUCUGUCCCUCUUUGACCUAUUUGGAAACACUUUACGUUUUGGAGUGGGCACAUAAGACCUAACAGGAACCUGCUGUUGCAUGUUGAAGAUCAAAACGGAUGGAUGGGGGAGGGGGUUGGUUCUCCUUCAGCUUUUCCUUUAGUCUGAGUCAAAGAAAAACUGUGUCAAAGGUACAAAACUCAACGACUUUGUAUUAGCGGGACAGGAUUUCUCAGGGUUUUCCACUAUUUUCAUUCUUCUUUGAGGAAUGAAAUUUCUGCAUUUUUAGAAUGGCUGUGCAUUUACUACACUUUCUUAUUUCUUAGAUUUAAAGAAGUUGUUUGAGUGACUAACAAGUCCGAAUAGGACCAUUUGGUGUCUCAGCAGUUCCAUGUAGACAAAAAAAAAAAAAAAAAAAGUCUUGGUAUGUCACAGUCUUCGACGCUCAAAAAAAGAACCAACUUUUUGUUGUGUCUUACUAAGAUUUGAGUCAAAUGUACAAAUUAAACUAUAAACAAUUUAAAAGUGUUGUAAAAUUUAAAAAAGUAUUUGCAUUAAUGUAAAUAUAUCAGUCUUGUUUUCUAAUGUAGUCUACUUUGAAAGCCUAGUGCAAUAAGCGUGACCUAUAUAUUUUAUCCAAUGUUUAAACCUGAUUAAAUGUACAUUCUCAUUUAAACUGUUACAGGUAUGACUACUAUGUUAUAGGGGUGUAACGAUUAAUCAAUGAAUCGAUUUAUAUUUCUACAAUUCAACCAGAUUGAUCUUUCUGAGGCAAGUUUUGAAUUUAAUCGACACAUAAAGUUGUUUCAAAAUAAUGUUCCAUUUGUAUUAUACUUUGUGGAAAAACAACAGUGGGCUGAACUUUAUAAAACUACAAUGUGAAUGGAUUUGUCUGUACUUCUUUUUAACUCGUUUACUUAUUUAAUUUACACUUUAUUAUCUUGCGAGAAAAUAAAAGGAAUCUGGAAAACUUCACCGGCAAUGUUCAGUACCAGGUAUUUAUCUCUGAGUCCCACUGGUUGAAUUUUUGGCUAAAAGAUCAAUUUUAGGUCAGUGAAUUGGAUUGUUCAAAAUAAAUCAAUAUCAACUAUGAAUCGUAUCGUCAACUACAAAUUCUAUGAAUCGAAUCGCUAAAAUGAAUUGUUACACCCCUACUUUGUUAGUAUGUAAUAAUGUUACAAAUAAUGGAUGUCUGUUUGUAUAAAGAGAAGUAAAUGUUUUUUUUUUAAAGACUCUGGUAUCAAGUUUGGCAGCUGUGCUUUCAGGCAAAUGCACUCUGAAUUCAUCCGACCGUGCUUCACUUCCUCAAAUGCACGGCUUCUGUGUAUGCUCUUUUCUUCUUCACUUGCAUGCAAUUCUUGCGUGAGGUGAAGUCGAGAAAUUUCGCUCCAAUUAGUCACUCCAUGGUUACUUCUGUUUGGCCAAACCAACGCUGACAUCUUCUUCUAGCCCUUUCCGUUUUAGAUGUUUGCAGCCAAAUUAAGUUAAAGCAGAAGUUACAUUACUUUUUUUUUUUUCAUUGUGUUGCAUAUAAAUGACAUCCUGAAAGUGGAAACUUACAUGAUCUGGUGUCAGAGUCAAAUCACUUUAAACUAAACUGAGGCGCCUCUUGUGAUGUUAGUGACAAUGCAUUAAUCUAGAAAAAAAUGCUUGUUGUUGUGUAUCAGAAAAAAAAGGACGUGUAUUAUUGUCA